AUGGCAAUCACCCUUGACAGAUUAGUUUCCCUCGUUUUACUUGUCCAGUUUGUUCUGUUAUGCUCCUCAUACAACGUAACAUCCGAGUCCACUGAAGAAGCAAAUGCUCUUCUCAAAUGGAAAUCCAGCCUUGAAAAUAAUACGCAGCCUCAACUAUCUUCAUGGACCCUCCUUCCUCGAAAUGCUACCAACCCGAAGCCAAGCACAUCUCCCUGCACUUGGUUUGGUAUUUCUUGCAAUCCUGCCGGAAGUGUCAUCAAGAUAAACCUCACUAGUUCAGGCUUACAAGGUAUGCUCCACGAAUUUCCAUUUUCAUCUUUACCCAAUGUUGCAUAUAUUGAUCUCUUUGACAAUGUACUCUUUGGUACUAUCCCACCUCAAAUUAGUAACCUUUCCAAGCUCAUAUAUCUUGAUUUGUCCUAUAAUAAGUUGUCAGGGUCAGUCCCACCAGAAAUUGGUCACCUAACAAAGCUUGAGUUCUUGCACCUUGUUAAUAAUCAAUUCAACGGUUCAAUUCCUCAAGAAUUAGGUAAGCUUAAGUCUCUUACAAUGCUUGGAUUGUAUAUCAACGCUCUAGAAGGUCCCAUUCCUGCUUCUUUGGGUAAUUUGAGCAAUCUGGCUAUUUUGUAUUUUUUUGACAAUCAAAUUUCUGGUUCUAUUCCUCCUGAACUUGGAAAUCUCUCCAAUUUGGCUCUACUCCAAAUGGAUAUAAACCGUCUAAUAGGUCCCAUCCCAUCAACUUUUGGAAACUUAGUCAAGCUAACCGAGUUGUACAUGUCCGAAAACCAACUUUCUAGUCCCAUUCCUCCAGAAUUAGGAAACUUGAGGUUCUUGUUAAAGUUAAGACUUGGCAUAAACAAUCUUUUUGGUUCAAUCCCAACAUCAUUUGGUGAUCUAAAAAAUCUCUCCCUUCUUGAACUUUAUGAUAAUGGGCUUCCUGGUAGUAUCCCUAAAGAGAUAGGAAACUUAAAGUCUCUUGUUAAUCUAGAGUUGAGUGAGAAUCUAUUAACUGGUUCUGUUCCUGCUUCAAUUGGUAAUUUGAGCAAAUUAGAGACUCUAUUCCUUCGCGACAACCAGUUUUCUGGCACUAUUCCUCAAGAGAUUGAAAAUCUCUUUUUGGUUGUGUUGGAAUUGGACACAAACAACUUCACUGGUUUUCUACCCCAGAAUAUUUGUCGAGGUGGAGUACUUCAAAAUUUUACUGUAAGUAACAACCACCUCAUAGGCUCAAUCUCCAAAGGCUUGAGAAACUGCACAUCCUUAAUUAGAGUCCGUUUUGAUGGAAACCAAUUCACUGGAAAUAUAUUUGAAGAUUUUGGUGUUUAUCCACACUUGAAUUUCAUUGACCUAAGCAAGAAUAGCUUCUAUGGUGAAAUUUCACAUAACUGGGGAAGGUGUCAGAAACUAACAACUUUACUUCUAGCGUGGAACAAUGUUACUGGUAGCAUACCACCUGAGAUUGGAAAUUCAACUCAAUUACAUGUACUUGAUCUAUCUAUGAAUCAUUUAGUUGGCGAGAUUCCAAAGGAACUUGGAAAGUUGACUUUUUUGGUGAAACUUAUGCCGAAUGGAAAUGAACUUUCCAGUGGUAUACCGCAAGAACUUGGGUCAUUGACAGACCUUGAGUAUCUUGACAUAUCUUCAAACAAACUGAGCAAGUCACUUCCUGGAGAUCUAGACGAACUCUUGAGACUGAUCUACUUGAAUUUGAGCUGCAACAAGUUUAGCCAAUAA